GAGAAGGCAGACACGUCGGGGGAGGGGCCCGAGCGUUCCCUCAAAAGGCAGAGAGCGUUUCCCCCUGCAGCAGACGACACGUUGCAGUUGUUGGUGUUGACACAAGCGGCCAUCAUGAGUCACGUGGACGUGAAGAACCUGAAGCCCAGCAGCUUCGAGGACGAGUACUACGACCAGUACGACUACUACAGCGUCAGCGACAAGUACACAGAGGGGGCGGCGCGCAAAGGCCGCACCAAGAAGGAGGCGAGCGCCAACACCAACAGGCCCAACCCCGGCGGGCACGAGCGCAAGAUAGUGGAGAAGCUGCAGAACAGCGAGAAGAAGGACAAGGCGUGAACGCGCAGGACCGCUCUGACGGCUCAACGGGAAAUGACCUCGGCCUCGAUGGCGCCCCGGCCGCACGUGCAGUGCAGGUGGGGGGCUCGGCGAGACCACCCUGCGGCGAGGGCGUGCACGUGAUCACAACAUGCACGUGCACUGUGAUUGACGGGAUUUGUUGACUCAAAUAAAGUUUGUACUUUGUUCAGUACACUUCAAUAA